UAAGGAAUAUAUCGAAAUUUGAACGGGCAUAUGCAACAACCUACAGAACUUCUACAUAUGUAGUGAUACCCAAAACCCACCUGCAUAUCUGAGGUCACUAUUCCGUAUAUCAGACCAUCUCUGCUUCCCGUACCAGAUCCAUCGUACCACGGAUUUGAGCUGCAAUCAGCGACUCUGUCUGUCAUUGGUCCAAAAAGAAAAUCGCAUCACCUUCGAGGGAAUCGAUCACGAGAGCAAAUACUACUAUACUCCAAUACUGCACCCCGCGUCAACCCCCCGCACAUACUCGACCGAACACUGAGACCUUCCUUUGUUCACCUAUGUUCUAUCCUUCAAUCUAACUGCUUCAUCUUUACGAAUCACUACCGUCUUCAUUCCCAAGAGAACCAAUUCAACAGAAGCGCAAAGUUAAUCGCAAAUCCCAAUCGGCAAAUCUACAUAUACGAAGCUAUAACAGCAAACCAGCUGACAACAGACACCAUGGGUUGGAUGUGGUCAUCGCAAUCCCCCUCCGCUCCAAAGAGCCCCAAUCCUACCGCCGACGAGUCUAAUACCAAGCCCGCAGCGCCUCCGCCAAAGCAGCCCGAAUCCGACUAUGGCGAUCCCGAAAUCGCCAAGUUCAUGGCCCAGCUGCAAGCAGAGUUCGGCAGCACCAGCAAACCCGCCACCACACAACCUCCCCCCGAACCAUCGACCAAAAGCACAUCUACUCCCCCAUCAACAACAACAUCACAGUCCUCCUCCUUCCAAUCCUCCAACUCCUCCUCCCUCUUCUGGUCCACCACCACCUCCUCCCCCACCACAACCACAACCGACCCCCCCAUCCCCUCCCACCUAGACCCAAUAACCGAAUCCCUCCUCCCAACCAGCAUGUCCUGCCGCCAAGCCUUCGACGCCGCCUACCACUGCAACUCCCUCGGCGGCCAAUGGGUAUCCGUCUACCGCUCCGGGACCAUGCGCUCCUGCUCCGAGCACUGGGACGACUUCUGGUUCUGCAUGCGCACCCGCACCUACUCGGGCCCCCAGAAAGAAGAAGCCAUCCGCGCCUACUAUCGCCGCAAGGAGUACCUCAAGUACCACGCCCCCGGACGUCCCAGCAGCGCCGACGUCUGGCAGCCCAGGGACGAGAAGGUCCAGCCUGAUACCGCCUUCCGCGAACACCUCGACAUGCCGAGUAUCAGCGAUGAGGAGUGGCGCCGGCUUGAGAUUGAGCGGAGACGGAGGGUCCAGGAACAGCUGCAGUCGCGCGAGUCAGCUUAGACUAAUAUAGUAAUGUGUGCAUUUAUGUAAAGUAUAGAAGGCUUCAGUCAGACAUCUCGUUUUAGUUGAAUAGGUAGGGUUUAAGUCAGUAGUGUACCAAGAUAUAGCAACACGGCAUCGUGGAAAUGGGAGCACUACGAAAUUUACAAAUUUUCUUAAAGCUUA